CAAAUGUUUCCAUUUUUUUUUGCUGUUAAAAAACUAAACAAUGAAAAUGGAUGACUUAAUGAUUGGUGUGAUUACAGAUGCGCAACCUAGGACACUUUUUCUACGUGGGUUCUUACGGCCUCGCGACAUUUAUCAUGAUUAUGGCGCUUUUGAUUUCCGUGGUUUUUCGGAAGGACUGGUUUCGCGUGAUCCAUUUCAACUUAUUCCUUGCUAAUUUGUUCAAAAACAUCAUGACUAUGACAUGGUAUAUAAACGUGAUACGGGACCCAGAAGUGGUGUUAUUUAACCCGAUAUGGUGCCAGCUUACACACAACAUCACUAAUUACUCUAACUUGGCGAGUCAUUUCUGGCUGUUUGCUGAGGCCGUAAACAUCUACCAGACGGUUGUUAUCGUGCAGUCCAGGAUGAAGGACUCAUUUUUGCCGUUCGCCUUAAUAGGGUGGGGCAUACCUGCAAUUGUAGUGUCGAUUUAUUCCAUGACCCGCAUUUUCUACUCAGAAAACACGGAAAGCUGCUGGACCGGAACCCAAGGCGAUUUCUACAUAAUAUCUGCGUUUAACUAUGGAACUCUAAUAGCUGAUUCCGUUCUUCUGGCGAUGGUAAUCUACAUAGAAAAGCAAAUGACCAAACGAUUUCCUCGCCAUGUCAGAAUGGAUGCAGCGAUGAAAUCUGCAAAAGCUUCUCUUAUUUUGAUUCCUCUGUACGCGGUUCAGGACUACUUGAUUUCGAAGCAGCAAUCUCGUCUGUAUGCUCUCAACGUGUCAUGCCUAAUAGUUUCUGCUGUCAUCGCUAUGUUCAAGGGAGUGCUCUCAGCUACUUCUCACUGCUUGGAUAACGAGGAUUUUGUCAUAUCUUGUAACAGCUUGUCGGGAUGCCGCCAAGAGGAGCCCGAAGUUGAAAUCCCUAUGACCGAUAUGAGUGGUAACAUACACCGUCGUGAUUCACCUGUCUAAAUAAAUAGCUUUCAUUCGAACCGAAUAUACGACCAACCUGGCUUUACAUCGUGGACUCUUCGCAUCCUUAGCAUAUGUUAUGAAGCAAAUAAAAAAAAACUGUGUUAGAAUUCGUGUAAAACGUAAAACAAACUCUAAUCUAAUUAAUUCGAUUUCUUGGCUGAAAAUUUUACUGGUUAUUCUUGGCUGUUCUAUUAAUUAGAUGAGAAUUUGUAUUACGCCAUAUAUGGGUAUUACCAUUGUCAAAAAAAAAACACAUAUAUGUAGUAGAAAAAUUUUAAUCGAAUAGCGUUAAGAUUCAAUUAUCUCUUAAAAAAUAAGAAAUUGUAUUUUAAAAAAUAUCUAGAUGUUCGUCCAUUAUUUAUUAGUUCUAGCUUCUUCCGCAACAGCUAAAAACAGAGGAUUUAAUUAGCCUCCCUGUUGUUUGCGGCAUUUCGGACCAACUGUCCGAAGUUGACUUUAAGUCUUUCAAAUUUUGUAGACUUAUUUUACUUCUAGAAUCUCUUUUUUCGUUUAAGAAUAAAAAAUCCGACUAAACAUUUGUCAUUUAUUUUUUAAUUGUGUUAAUUUAAUUCUUAAAUAGGUACCACCGAUGACACGUUUCAAUCAUACAUUUACUUACGAUUUAUAGGGAAUUUUAAUUUAGAAUUUUAUAUUGAAUCCCUAUAAAUCCCGACCCCAAUGUUGUUAAAUAUAUCUGUUUAAGAUUAUUAAAAUAUUAGAUAGUAUGUGUAAUGGUCUAAGAACCAUAAUAGCUUUAAGGUAAAGGUGAUCUCAUAUUAAAAUUAUGUCAACGCUAAAUGCAAAUUGUCUGGCGAAAAAUAUUGACCAAUGACAUCGGUCUCAGAAAGACAAACUGUGUCGGAAUCCAUCGGUCGGCGUAAUUCUAAAAACGCAUCUAGAGAUCUUGACUCGCUCUUGCCCUCGACCAGGCUAAUAAUAUUAAAUACAAAAAAAAAUAUUACUGAAUGUUAUUCUCAAUAGAAAGUUUAUUAGAUGUUAGCAUUAGAAAAAUUUUAGAAGUUUAAGGCUUUUUGUGUAUGGACAUCGAAGAGUGUGGAUUAUUUGUGCGAUCUUUAUGUAAUAGUAAUAGUAAUAGUAAUAGCAUUACUAUAUUAGUAAACUAGUUCAAAAUAAAAAAGUAUCGAUGUUGUUAUAUGAUUGUGUUGAUAUUAAUAAAGAACACAGAAAAUAUUAACUUAAA